UGACAGCCUGGCCCCCGGGCUCCCCUCCCGCCUGUAUCGCCCCGGCGGGGGCAUCCCGCGCUCGUACCUGACCAUGACCCCGCGCCGGUCCCGACUGGGCCACCCCGGCGUUUCUCGCUGAAGGGACCGGCUCCUUUCCGACCUCCCACGCUCCUUUCCUCCUCCGCCUCCUCGCUGCUGAGCCUGCCGCCUCUCACCGGAGCCCUGCCGGAGUGAUGGGCUGCAUCGGAUCCCGCACCGUGGGAAACGAAGUGAUCGCAGUAGACUGGAAGGGACUAAAAGAUGUGGACCAAAUCAACAUGGAUAGCACCAGUUCACUGCAUGGCAGCAGUUUCCAUCGACCUUCUGCUGAGCAAACACGGACAGAUUUCUCCUGGGAUGGUAUCAAUCUCUCCAUGGAAGAUACAACCUCCAUCCUCCCCAAGCUGAAACGCAACUCCAAUGCUUAUGGGAUUGGGGCUUUGGCUAAAUCAUCUUUCUCUGGGAUAUCUCGCAGCAUGAAGGACCAUGUCACAAAGCCAACAGCUAUGGGCCAAGGCCGUGUGGCUCACAUGAUUGAAUGGCAAGGCUGGGGCAAAGCUAACAGCCAGCAGCAGCAGCAUACACAGGAUACAGCACGCAAGGACGCUGAUGCCUACUCAGACCUGAGUGAUGGGGAAAAGGAGGCCCGGUUCCUUGCAGGAGUGAUGGAGCAAUUUGCUAUUUCCGAGGCAACUCUCAUGGCCUGGUCCUCCAUGGAUGGUGAGGAUGUGAGUGUUAAUUCAAAUCAGGACAACACAGCAGGCAACUACUCUGAGAACUAUCAGGAGCUAAUGGAGAGCCAAGAGCAUAUGGCCCAGACGCAGUAUGACAGCUGGCCUCAUUCCUACGUCUCGCAGGGCAUGUAUUGCUUAGGUUCAUCUGAUGCCUGGGAGACCAGUGACCAGUCCCUCAUUGCUUCCCCAGCAACUGGCUCCUACUUAGGCCAGAAUUUUGAUGAGUCCCAGACAAACCUUCAAGAGAUGUGGCCCUUGCAGACUGCGCAGGGUGGAGGUGGGGCUGAGUCCAGCACAUACAUGGAGGACCACAUUGAGGAUGAAGGGAACCCACGGCUGGAGAAGGCUCCUCUCCUAAGCAAGAAGACCUCUCCAGAGGAGGAUGACGCGGUGUGCCGGGACCUGGAAUCACUGUCUCCUCGUGAGGAGAUGGAACAUGCUGCACUGAGCCGCAAAGUCUCAGAUGUCACCUCCUCUGGGGUCCAGUCCUUUGAUGAGGAAGAGGGAGAAACAAACAACUGAUGCUUUCUGUGAAGCUCUCAUCACUGCUGAACAAAGAGAGGAGUGGCAAGGAAUAAAAUGACAGGGAUUCUUCUCUCCAGGUCCCCAUACUUCCAAGUAGACACACCUUCCAUUCCGGACAUUUAAUUAUUUUUUUAAACAAGAGGAAAAUCUCAAAGUGAUUGACACAUGAUGAUCUCUUCUUCCCCUCCACCAUGGACACGUGUUUUUGAUUUUCAUUGCUCUGGGCAACACAUGUGAGGUGCUUGGAGAGAUCUGGAUUGGUAAAUAAUUUCUAAAUUUUUUUACUACAAAGUCUUGGCUGUGGAUAC